UUACUUUGCGUUCUUUCGGUAGACAAAAUGGCCGUUGAAUGAGAUGUGAAGUUGUAUUAUAGUAAUAUAGUCUACGGAGUUUCUUGUACUACCGAUUAGAUGUUAUAAGACGUGCAUGUUGUUUGUAAAUUACAGUCGUUAACAAUGACGGCGAAUAUGUAUAGAGUGGGAGAUUAUGUCUAUUUUGAAACGUCAUCUACAUCACCUUAUCAAAUCAGAAGAAUUGAAGAGCUUAUUAAGACUCCAAAUGGGAAUGUUGAAGCAAAAGUUAUGUGUUUUUUCCGAAGGAGAGACAUAGCAACGUCUCUGGUCAUGAUGGCUGACAAACAACGUCAUGAAAACAUGGAUGCCACAUUAAUCAGUGCCUUAGAAGAAGAGCAAGAGCGAGAAGCUGAACAGUUAGCAGAAAAAGAACGACAUCAAUUGAAACACAGAGAACUCUUCCUCUCGAGGCAGGUUGAGACUCUCCCGGCCACUCAUAUAAGAGGGAAAUGUUCUGUAACUCUUUUAAAUGAAACAGAAUCUCUUUUGUAUUAUUUAAAUAAAGAGGAUUGUUUCUUCUAUUCUCUGGUAUUUGACCCUCAGCAAAAAACAUUAUUGGCUGACAAAGGAGAAAUAAGAGUGGGACCUAGGUAUCAAGCUGAAAUACCACCAUUAUUACCAGAAGGUGCUGAGGAUCCUAGAAAAUCUGAGGAGCUGGAAGAUUUAGUAUAUACACCAAAUCAUAAUUUAACUGAUCGGCAAAUAGAUCAGUUUCUCAUCAUUUGUCGCUCUGUGGGUACUUUCGCUAGAGCUCUAGAUUGCUCAAGUUCUGUUAAACAGCCUAGCCUUCAUAUGAGUGCUGCAGCUGCAUCGCGAGAUAUAACUCUGUUCCAUGCCAUGGACAUUUUACACAAGCAUAAUUACGAUAUCACCAGUGCAAUUUCAUCACUAGUCCCAUCAGGUGGUCCUGUUUUAUGUCGGGAUGAAAUGGAAGAAUGGUCUGCAUCAGAAGCAAAUCUUUUUGAAGAAGCUCUUGAAAAAUAUGGCAAAGAUUUUAUUGAUGUUAGGCAAGAUUUUCUUCCAUGGAAAAGUUUAAAAAAUGUGAUAGAGUAUUAUUAUAUGUGGAAAACUACAGACCGGUAUGUGCAACAAAAGAGGGUGAAAGCAGUCGAAGCUGAAAGCAAAUUGAAACAAGUAUACAUUCCUAAUUAUAACAAUAAACCUGGUGUAUUAAAUGGAGCUAGUGCUGGUGAGAGUCCUUCAGCAAGCGGCAGGCCUUGUGAAAGUUGUUACACUCCCACAUCUAGUCAGUGGUAUGCAUUUGGACCAGCUCAUUUACAGUGUCGAUUGUGUCAGUCUUGUUGGAAUUAUUUUAAGAGAUUUGGAGGUUUGAAAUAUCCUACUCGUUUAGAAUCAGUGGAUUUAAUAUCUGGUUCUAGUUCAGAGAGAUUACAGCCCCAUGUUGCUUCUCACAGACCCCAUCGUUGUACCAUAUCUGGUUGUGGCAAGGAAUUCAAGCUUAAAGCCCAUCUUGCUCGCCAUUGUGCUACUGCUCAUGGGCUUGUCAUCAGAGCUGGUAGCCCGAGGCCAAUAAUGAAGACUAGAGCAGCAUUUUAUCUUCACACAACUCCUCUUACUAGAAAAGCACGGCGGUAUGCAAGUCAUUUGGUGAAGCCACGACAUGCUGCUAGAAAUCCGUUUCAACCUAUCAAUAUAUUGGCCAUUAAACAGGAAUAUCACACAAGAUUAGUUGAAGGUCAGCCAGAUUUACCUAAAUUAGGCCCUCAUGAAAGGGGUCGAGUAGUUGAUGUUUCUCAUCGUCUGGGAACUCCGAACCUUCCUCCACCUGAAUGGUUGUUACCAACUCCAUUGGAUAAAAUACCAAAACCUGAAAGAGAAGCAUUUCCUCCACCUCCUCGAAAUGAAGAUGGUUCCCUUUCCAUUCCUAAGCACCCAAUGGAUAUGGAAGAAAAUAAUGUACGCUUGACUCCCAGCAUUGCUAGUGCAUCACCCACGAUUCUACGCAAACGUGGCUAUGAACAACAAAAUGGUGUUGAUGUGGCAGUCCCGCCGAAGCGAAGAGCCCUUUCUGGUGGAGGAGUAAUCAAGCCGAGCCCUGACAUUUUCCACGUGAGUUCCCUUGCUCGGAGUUCGAUUGUGAACAACCCCCUGAAUGGGCGGGCUAAGAUGGCUACUAUCACUCGAGUGGGUGGACGCAAACAAAUGAUCAGUUGGGUGGAUGCCCCAGAUGAUGUUUACUUUGUAGCCACUGAUUCAACUAAGAAACUAAGAAGACAGAUAACCAUACCUGAGUUGCGAAGGUCUGCACGUAAACCAUGUAGGAAAUUGAACCUGAAAAUUCCUUUUUAUUAUGAAAAUCCUCCCAUUGUUCCUGCUGCAGUGAACACCACUUUGCCUAAUGCUGUUGCAUCUGCACCUCCUGAAACUCUUGCAGUGCUUGACUGAGUUACCAUCAUAGUUUUUUUCUACUCAGGACAAGAUAAAUGUGGUCGCUCAAAAUGUAUCACGAUCACUUCAACAAAGCACAAGUUUUAAUUAUGGAGAUUCGAUAAUUUCCAAAACUUUCAUUUGGAUUGUCUGAUUGAUCGUUGAAAACAUGUGCAAAGUGCUUUUACAAAACUAUUCGUGAAAUUUAAACUGUAUUUGUGCUUCCUACAUGGAAAUCUCAGGUGUUUUGAGGAGGACUGUAUUGCAGCAAAGUGGCUGGAAGCAUUUUCCAUAUCAUAUAUCAUUUUCUAUGUGUGAGACCAAAAACAUUUUGUUGUUAAAUCAUCUUUAUUCAUAUCCACUCGAAUAUAUUAGAUUGUCAUUUUACUGCUGCUUGUGCUUUAUUGGUUUGAGGUAACAUAUUAUAAAAUUGCAUCUAUACCAAUAUUGAAUAACGAGGAAAGUGUUCAAUAUGUUAGAUUGAUCAGUUUUGUAAUAUAUAUUGAAACUUAGAAACCAAUGAAGUUUCUUUCCCUUGUACAUUAAUAAUCAGUAAUUAUUUUACAUCAUAAAAGAGUUCCAGUUUUGGGGAAAAUGAAAGUGCAGUGUGAAUUCUUUCUGUUAAUAUUUAUUUAACCCUCUGAGAAGCGUGUCUUUCUUUCUUUCUUUUUUUUUUUUUUUUUUUAUGGCAAGAAAUUUCAUGACUGGAUAAAGGCAUGAACUACUCAAAGGGUUUAAAAAAAUAUGUUACCAUAACUUUUGAACCAUAACAAAUGGCUAAUAUGUAUUCUUAUUUAUAUUUAGUGCAGCCAUCCACAUGAAGUUAAAUCUGCAAAUUUGUAAUCAUUGGUUAAACUCGAAGUCAAAUUUUUCAUUUUAUAUUCAACCAUUUGAUCAAAAUUUUAUUAGAUAUUGCAAGCAUAAGUAGUUUAUUAGAUAUUGCAAGCAUAAUGUCAUUCAUACUGCCAAAUGAUACUUUAUUUCAGCCUUCAAUCUUGAAUAUGUUAAUGCAAUUUUUGCUAAUUUUUAUAUAAAUAUAUUUAAAAAAAUCAUUUUCUAAAUCAUUCAAGACCUGGAGAUUGAAACUAGUGAUGGUUUACUGUCUGAUUGAUAGUAAAUUACCAUGUGUUCCCCCUCAGUAUUAUUGCAAUAUAAAAUUAUGAAAGAUUGCAAUUCAAACUUGUUUCAAAAGAAUAAUAAUAUAAUCUUAAAAUGAAAUAUUCUUUUAUCAGUGGAAAAAGUUAUUUGAAAAUUGGAACUUUUAUUAAAAUAAUUUGGGCAGUGUUAUGGAAAAUUAUAUUUUGGUUAUGUUGGUGAAUAACUGCAGUGUUUUCUCAAAAUAAUAAAAGGGCUUAUCUGCAACUAAUUUUUACUGUUAAUGUUUAGAAUAUUUUUGUAAGCCUGAUUUCAUUUGAUUAAAAUAUUAGAAUUUGGGGGUUAAUAAAUAUCAGUGCAGUUUGAAGCAUUUUUUUUAAUGUUAGAUUUUUGUGUAAAUUAUGUUUUAUAUAGAUCAAAUUAUUAGAUAAUUUUUCAGUUAAAGUUUUUAUUUGAGAAAAUUGCUAGUUCUCUUACAUAUUACUAAAGAAUCGUAAAGAGCCCCUUUUUGUGUAAUUUAUUUAAGCAGUGAUACUGAGCUUAUUUUAUAUAAACAAUCCUUUAAGCAUAUGUGUAUCUGUUUGGUUCUUUCAUUUGCUUAAUUUUAUAUGCAAGAAAGAAUUUUAACUUGUACAUUUUUCAUUAAAGUCUGAACUACAAUAAAGCUUUCUGAAAUAUA